GCAAUUCCAUUUCUACGCCCGUCGUCGAUGGUUUACCGAAAUCCGCACUCUUAAUACAAUUAAACAGCGUCGAAUAAAUAUAUUAAAAAAAAAGAAACACACACACAAGAAAAACAAUGCAUUUGCCCCAAGGAGCAUUAAGCUUUCUGUUCAUCACUUGCAUGAUGUUCGCACUGGCAGGCGGCCAUCCAUCAAGCGACAAGCUGAAGAUCCGAAUACACGUGCCGGUGAAGCACCACACACAUGUGCACACGAAGACGGUCAUUAAGAAGGUUCCGCUGCCCAUUCCGGUGCCGGUCAAGGAGCACCACCACGAGCCGAAGAAGCACCACAGCAGCCGCAGCCACCACCAUCACCAUCACCACGAGGACGACCAGGACGACGAUUUCGAGGGCUACGAGUACCCCAUCAAGGCCAAGCGGCGCACGCGGCAUCCCUUUGUCUGAGCCGGGGCACAGACCACCCAACCACCCACUCAGCGGGGAAAAUGAAAUCAAAUGAAAUACAAUUUACGCAGAUUAAGAUGAAAAUAAACCAAAAUACGAGCCAGCUUGGGUAGGCUGGAAAGCAAGAAAAGUCCGAGAAAAACAGCACAUAGCAAGAAAAACGCAAUCCUGGGUCUGAUUUGUCACUGUUUUUAGUGCGUAAGAGUACAACGUAAAAUAAAAAGAGAACCCUUAGAUCUAAGUAAUCAUUUCAGUGCAAUAAAAUAUACAAAAAUUACACUUAAGCACAA